GGACAAACGCCGUCUAAAAUCCUAAAUAUCGUUGCCGUUACCGACUUGUGUUUUAUCUUCUUCUUCUUCUUCUGCAUCUCUGCUAAAGUUCAUAGUGAAGAAGAUAGCUGCAAUUCCUGUCCAAUCGCUUUCCCAUUACAGAACGAACCGAAAGAAAAUGAUUAUAUAAAUUACUUAAUUCAUUUAAAUGGCUUCUUUUGCUUCCUCAGUUUUACCGAAUAUUCAUUUGUUCCACAGAAAACCGAUCUCGUUAAAUUUGCUUUUAACACCAUUCUCAAUCAAUUUUCCAUUGAAUAGCUCUCACUUGUGCAUCUGUUGCGCAAUCAAGACUGGUUCGAAUGACGGUGUGGUUCGGAGCGGGCAGGACUCGCAGUCUUAUGCUUCGGAUAUGUUGAGGAAGCCAGUGGUCUCGCCGCCGUUUGAUGGAGGUGAUGGUGAUGGAGAGUCAGCGAAGGACGAUUCGGAUUAUGAAACUGAGAAGAAAAGUGGAGACGGUGAUACGUGGGUGGAUUGGGAAGACCAGAUUUUGGAGGACACUGUGCCUCUUGUAGGCUUUGUGAGGAUGAUUCUUCACUCUGGAAAAUAUGAAAGUGGUGACAGGUUAAGUCCUGAACACGAGAGAACAAUUCUAGAAAGGUUGCUUCCUUAUCAUCCAGAGUCUGAAAAGAAGAUUGGAUGUGGAGUUGAUUAUAUCACGAUUGGCUACCAUCCUAAUUUUGAAAGUUCACGAUGUUUAUUCAUAGUUCGGAAGGAUGGAGAAUUGGUUGACUUCUCAUACUGGAAAUGCAUAAAGGGUUUGAUCCGAAAAAAUUAUCCUCUGUAUGCAGACAGCUUCAUACUUAGGCAUUUUCGGAGGCGUAGACACCACGAUUGAAGGUAAGCAUUUGAAUCGUGCUUGCCUAUAGUUAUAUUCCUUUGAAAAUUUCCCAUAUGGCUUUAGGCUUAGUGUAUCGCUCAUUUAUGCUGAAGCUUAAUGUAUUAGUUAGAGGUGAUGUUGAGAAUUCUUUUACUUCAUUUGUUUGGAAAUUGGUAUAAUUUUCUCUUAUGAAUAUUUAAGAUGGUUUUCUAAUUGAUUAGAAAGUUAGAUAUAGUUGCUUCUU